AUGAACGAGCCUGACCAGACGGACGGGGUCUACAACUACUCGCCGGCCCGAAGCAGAAGCAGCAGCCUGGUCGUCUUCCAGCUGCAGCCACCUUCGUAUCUAACGGGAGAAGCAGAACAGCUGAACGACAAUUUCUUGGCGUACUAUGAAGGGACCCGGCCCUCGGAAAUCUUCAAUCCAGUGCAAAACUACCCAGAGCCCCUGCACAACUACGACCGGCCCAACCCCAAUCCGUUUGGAGCGGAUUACGAGAUGUCGGACUACGCACAUGCCCCACCGCACCUUUCCCAGCCGGCGUUUGACGGCGCGGGCCAUGGCUUUGAGCAGGCGUUCGUCCCGCAUGCUUACGAGCUCGACGAGGAGGAGCGUGAGUUCGACCGUGACAUCCGCUACAACGAAUUCCAAGGAGACCACUUCGACUUGCAGGCCAUCCACAUACCGGACGAGCCCGUUGCAGAUUUGAUCUAUGACCAGGACGAGCCGCAAUCGCCCUUCGACCCUCUUCCUGUGCCUCCCGAAGAAGAAGAAGUAAGAGAAAAGCCGCGAGCCGGAAUUGCGGCCGGCCACAAUGGCCACUUGGUGUUGGACUGUCCUGUGGCGACUGAGUUGCUCACGAAAUUCCCCGACUACCAAGCCGCGGCCAAAGAUGGCGGGCUCAGCAGAGAGUUCUCGUAUAUGCGGUACACUGCGGUGACGUGCGGGCCGUCCAACUUCUGGCGCGACGGCUACAUCUUGCGACCCAUCCAUUACCCGGUGCGGCGGCAGACGGAGCUUAUGAUCGUGGUGACCAUGUACAACGAGGACGACAUUCUUUUGGCCCGCACGCUCAAGGGCGUGUUCAAAAACAUCAAGCAUUUCGAGUCGAGGACGCGGUCGCCCGUGUGGGGCAAGGACUCGUGGAAGAAGAUCGUGGUGUACGUGGUCAGUGACGGCCGGUCCAAAAUCAACGAGCGGGCGCAGGCGUUGUUGGCGGCCUUGGGGGUGUACCAGGAAGGCUUGGCCAAGUCGAGAAUCGACGACAAGAAAGUCAAGGCCCACUUGUACGAGUACACCACGAGAGUGGGCAUUUCGUCCGUCGAAGAUACCGUGAAGCUCACCACCGAGAAGGCCGUGCCGGUGCAGAUGCUCUUCUGUCUCAAGGAAGAAAACAAGAAGAAAAUCAACUCGCACCGAUGGUGCUUCGAGGCGCUUUCGCAGGUCUUGGAGCCCAACGUGGUGAUUCUCCUCGACUGCGGCACGCAGCCGUCCGGCAAGUCGUUGUAUCAUUUGUGGAAAGAGUUCGACUCGGACCCGCAGGUGGCAGGCGCAUGUGGCGAGAUCAAGGCGUCGUUGAAGAAAAGACAGAUGCUCACCAACCCGCUUGUCUACGGGCAAAACUUCGAGUACAAGAUCUCCAACAUCUUGGACAAGCCGACCGAAUCCGUGUUCGGCUUCAUUUCCGUGCUCCCCGGCGCGUUCUCGGCCUACCGGUACGUGGCGCUCCAAAACGACAUCAACGGCAGAGGCCCGCUCGAAAAGUACUUCAAAGGCGAGUUUUUGCAUGGCAGCGAGGAGCUCGACCCCGAGGACGACGAGUACGAACUCAAGCGCAACUUGCUCAAGGACGAGGCCGGGAUUUUCACGUCCAACAUGUAUCUUGCCGAGGACCGGAUCUUGUGCUACGAGUUGGUGGCAAAACGAGGCUGUUCAUGGGUCCUCCGCUACUGCAAGUCCGCCAGUGCCGAGACCGACGUACCCGAGGGCCUCGCGGAGUUUAUCUUGCAGCGAAGAAGAUGGUUGAACGGCUCCUUCUUUGCGGCCAUCUACUCGUUGGUGCAUUUCCCCAAGGUGUGGAGAUCGUCGCAUAGUAUUUUGCGCAAGUUGUUCCUCCACAUCGAGUUCAUCUACCAGUUCAUCAAUUUGGUGGUGUCGUGGUUUUCCAUCGGCUCGUACUUCCUCGUGUUCCGCAUCUUGACGACGUCGCUCAGCUCGUCGGACCUCAACUUUGCCCCGGGCAACGUGCUCUCGGUGAUUUUCCUCUGGCUCUACUUGGCGUCCAUCGUCACGACGUUUGUGUUGAGCUUCGGCAACAAGCCCAAGGGCACGGAGAAGUUCUACAUUGUGAUUGUGCUCUUCUUCGCCAUAUUGAUGGUGUACAUGAUCUUCGCCGCCAUCUACAUGGCCGUGUAUGCGAUCCAAACCAUCUACGACAGCGGCACGCAAAUCACCGUGUCGCUCUUCUUCGAAAACUCCCAGUUCCGCGACUUGGUGGUGGCCACGUCCUCGACGUACUUGCUCUACUUCGUGGCGUCCUUCCUUUACUUGGAGCCGUGGCACAUGUUCACGUCGUUCAUCCAGUACCUCUUGCUCUCGCCCGCCUAUGUGAACGUGUUGAACAUAUACGCGUUCUGCAACAUCGAUGAUGUGUCGUGGGGCACCAAGGGAGAUACGGGGGCCACGGACUUGGGCGCGGCCAAGGUCCGCGAGGACGGAACUUUCGACGUCAACAUCCCCGUGUCGAAGGAGGAAAUCAACGAGUCGUACCUCAACCAGUUAGAGAAGAUCAAACAGCCACAGGAAGACAGCGGCGGAGACUCCGGCUCGUCCAACGAGGACUACUAUGCGUUCAUCCGCUCCAUGACUGUGCUCGUGUGGAUGAUCUCCAACUUUGUGAUUGUGGCAUUAGUGUUGGAAACCGGGGGUUUCAAUCAGCUUGACUCGGACUACUCGAGCAGCGACUCGACCCGGUCGGAAAUCUUCCUUACAGUGAUUCUCUGGACAGUGGCGUUCAUGGCCUUGUUCCGCUUUGUCGGGUGCAUGACCUACUUGUUGAAGAGAUCUGUCAGCAGGGUCUUUAGAUCGCGUUCCAAAUCGUGA